GCACAGGGCUGUCCUGCCACAGCUCUGUGACAUCACCAUGCCUAUAUAAGCCGGGCCAGCCCCCGCGGCUGCCAGUGCAGUCGCGAUGGGACGUGCCGGAGCCAUGUGUGACGGUGGCGUCCUCAUGACCGCGCUUGUCCUGCUGCUGGCCGCUGUGGCUGUCUGGUGGGCCCUUGGCCGCUGGCAACCACGGAGGCGGCAGACAAGGACACCAAAGAGGCGCAAGCGCCCCGGGGUCCGGCCCAGAGGCUCACGGAGGAACCGAGGAGCCCCUGCGGCUCCCAGGCCCUCCAGGCCUCGGCCGACCCCUCGCCAGCGGCCAGGUGCUCCCGCCAGCCCCCUGGACGGCUCCUGCAGCUGCGGCCCCUGCGUGGCAGUGGCCCAACAGCUGCAGGAACUGAUGAGCUUGCUCUGGGCUCGCAAUGGGACAUCUGUGCCGCUCUACGAUGGGAUGUGGCAGGCCUUGUGGGAAGAACUGGAGGAGCUGGUGAAGCGAGGCCACCUGCCCUGCUGUGGCUCGCCCAGCUCCUUCAGGAGCCCCCAUCCCAUGAGGAGGCAGCUCCCAGGAAGCUUCUCCAUCCCUGGGAGAGCCUCAAGCCUUGCAAGGAUGGCGCAGCAGCAGACACCCGCCAUCCCUGCAAGAAGCUCAGGCUGUCAGGGAACGUCCAUCCUGCCUGGAGCCUCGGCUAUCUCUGACAGCCUCCAUCCCUCAGAGAGGCUCAGUGAGACCUGUCAGCGGGCAGAAGGUGCAGAGCCCGUGGACAGGUCUCCCAGCUCCCCUGGACCCGUCGACGUCAACAACACGGGCGCAACCCUGAGCGCUGACGUGGCCAGGGAAAGCCCGCGAGUCCAGGUGGGAGCCCAGCCCGAUGCAGGGGAGCCAUCUCAGGAGCAGGUGGCGGAGCAGCAAGUGUCCUGCAGCCGGCAGUUGCCGGCCCACGGCUCCCAGGACGCUGUGCCGGCGGGCAACAGCCCGUGCCUGGUGGAGGAGGCGAUCCUCCAGAGACCUGGAGACCUCCAUCUCCUGGAAGCUGCUCUGACACAGCCACCGACUACCGGGAAGGCCCUAACAGAAGCUGCUCCUGGGACCCCCCUGUGCGACACCUCGGGCUGCAGCCCCGGCCGUCCAGAAGAGCAGAGUCCGGCCCAGGACGCCGGGGCCAGCGACGGUGCCGCCGCGCCCCGCUGCCCCGCGGCUCCUGCAGCCGCCUGUGCGUGCUGCCCCGGCCCAGCCCUGCCGCUCACCGGCCCGACGGCUGCAGGGCGGGGGCCGCUGCCCGGCGCGCAGCAGGAAGCAGGGCAAAAGAAGGAGCUGCAGGAGCUGUACCUGCUGGGCCCGCAGCUGGGGAGCGGUGGCUUCGGCACCGUUUUCUCGGGGACCCGCCUCUCGGACGGGAGCCCGGUGGCCAUCAAGCACGUGGCCCGGGAGAGCGUCCUGCAGUGGGACGAGCGGGUGAGUGAGCGGGGCCUGCGGGCCAGAGCGGGUCGUGGCGGGCAGGGGGCAGCGGAGGCACAGGGUAGCUCCAGCUGGCCUGCUGGAGGCAUUGUCUUUUCCUCACAGCCCGACGGCAGCCGUGUUCCAAUGGAGAUCGUGCUGAUGGAGAAGGUGGGCUCUGGCUGCCGCAGCAUCAUCCAGCUCCUGGACUGGUUCGAGCUGCCUGACAGCUUCGUGCUGGUGCUGGAGCGCCCGGAGCGAUCGCAGGAUCUCCUGCAGCUCCUGCAGCAGCAGGAGUUCCUGAGCGAGGAGGCGGCGCGCUGGCUUUUCUGCCAGGUGCUGGAGGCCGUGCGGCACUGCACCGCCUGCGGCGUCCUGCACCGGGACAUCAAGCCAGAGAACCUCCUCGUGGACCCGGAGAGUGGCGACCUGAAGCUCAUCGACUUCGGUUGCGGCACCUUCCUCCAGGAGCGGGCCUUCACUCAAUUUGCCGGAACACGCACGUACUGCCCACCCGAGUGGAUCUGCCAGGGCCGCUACCACGGCCAUGCGGCGACCAUCUGGUCCCUGGGGGUGCUGCUCUAUGUCAUGGUCUGCGGGUGCCUCCCCUUCGAGGACGACCGUGAGAUCCUGCUGGGGGAGCUUAUCUUCAGGCCGCAGGUCUCUCCAGAGUGCCGACACCUGAUCCGCUGGUGUUUGGCCCAGCACCCCGCCGACCGGCCGCAGCUGGACCAGAUCUUGCGCCACCCUUGGGUGUGGGCCGGCUGCCUUUGAUGCCUUGCUGGCGCCUCUGCAGCCCCCAGCUACCGAGUCCCACGCAGGACUGAGGGCCGGAAAAAUAAAACAACCACCGACCCGUUGCGGGCUCUCCAGUCUGGUCCUUGUUAGCAACUUCUGCUGGAGAAACCUCUUGGGAAAAGGGGCAAUCAGAGUCUUCCCUUCCCUUUGUCAAGCUUCCAUGCCUCUCCUCCACCUAGGUGGUUUUUUGUGUCUUCAAGCUCAGGCUGUAGUGCACGUAGGAGGGGCUUUAACAAGGCCAGAAGGGCAACAGCGGAACAACAGCUGCCCUUUCAAACCGAUCUGGCCGCUUGCUUGGGGUCCCCUGAAGUGAAACAUGGGCCCGUCUGUGGAUUCCAGCGCCGAGUGGGCGGCAGGAACAGAGACGUUGCUCCGCUGCCAAGGCUGUGAGAACAAGCAGAAGCGUCAAAGCGUCCUUUUCCCUUGAGCCCUGAUGGACUCUUCCUCUUUCUUCCCCUCAAAUCAUCAGCAGGAAAAUGCAGCCCACUCUGUCUCCAUUCAGGCGACAGCAGCCUCCAAGGGAGCUGUGCAGGGCUGGGCAGAUGCCAAAAGGAACCCUAGGACAGACGGACACGCCCCAGCAGGCUCAGCCUCCCGUCUUGGGGCGGGGAACGUGCGUGAGGAGAGCCCUGCGGCGGAGGAAGGAGCCCCGGAGAAAGUCAUCCCUGGGGACUCCAAGGGAAACCCCCCCCCGGUGUUAGCAGCCCUGAACCCUGCUGUCUCCCGUUGAGGACUCGUGUUCUGGAAGGGAGCGAUUCUCGAGACCUUUGUUACAGCCUGUAGCCCAGAGCUUUAGGACUUUGGGUGGAAGGAGUGGCAUUUCUAGCCAGCUCCCUUCUGGAGACUUGGCUAUUGUAACAAAGAAUCACUGGAUGCCCAUAGCACCUCCUGACCAGCAAGGGAGGGGUCUCCCUGCACUUGUGCACCCCAAAUGGCAUGUUUUUGUCAGCUCUGAAUUUCCCCUUCUCUGCUUCACCUUCAGGAUAAGGAAAAAACCUGACUUGGUCUCUUAGCUUUCCUGCUCACUCACAGGGGAAGGCAGAUGAGAUCCUGGACUUGCUCCCAUGGCCUUGGGCCCACUGUGCCCCCCAAAAAUAUCUUCCUCUCCCCUAAAAACAACUGAUGGAGAGUGCACCAACCGCUCUAGUUACAGAAAUGCACCCAGGUGCCAGCUACUAAUCUCUGCUACCUUCUGUCUACUGCCCUGACCUACCAACACAGGGUUUGGUAGUAAAUAGUUUUUCUUCAUAAAUGCACACGCUCUUUCAUUUCUGUUUUCUUUUCUCAGGGCUGCCAACCCUCUUGUACCCUGAAUGGCUCUCCAAGGCUCUACCCAAAGGCCUGGCCCGAGCUGAGAUCCUUCCAGCCAAGACCCCGCCCUGAGGGGAUGGUGAGAGCUCUGUGUGUCAGCCCCGGCCUGGAGGCUGAGCUGGGAGGGAAAAUUAUCCCUUUUCUAAGGUCCUGUCAGCGGUGACUGCCACUUCUCCAAGGGCCACGACACCUUUUCCCCAGGAGCAGCAUGUCCGUUGUUACAAAGCUUCCAUUUUUGCAAAGGAAACAUUUUCAGUUUCAUUUUCUCCCUGUAGUAGAAGAAGAAAAAUCACUUACAGCUGCUAUCGUAAAUAAACCAAAAGAAUUUCA